UUUAAUUUCAGUAACGAAUUGUAUCAACAAGAUGACUUCUAAAGGACAAAUUGAGACUGAUAAAUUAAAACAAAACUUAGAAGAACAAUUGGAACGCCUUGUACAACAGUUAGCUGAUUUAGAGGAGUGCAAGAUAAACUUGACUGCUUGUGAAAUAAAGAAGACACAUAGUCACUGAUCUUGCUGUCAUUAGUCAACAACAAUAUUGUCAAUUCACCUAACCAUGAUAACUACCAUCUAUCUUUGCAAUAGAUGACCUUGAACCCAUUGAAUACAUGGAAUCCAAAGCUGAUACAAUGGAACAAUUGGAAGAACUGAAUGUGAAAUUGAAGAAACACCUGGCAGGAGAUAUGACGCUAGUGGACCAAUUAAGUUCAAUGCAGCUGGCCACACAAGCUGCCAUCAGUAAAGCAUUCCAGACGCCGGCUGUGAUCCGUAUGUUCGCCCGCAGGGAGCCUCAGCAACUCAGGGAGAGACUGCAGGCUGUUGAAAGAGACCUCAAGCUGGGCAAACUGUCCUCCAAUGCAGCAGACAGGGAAAAGGCAGAAAUACUCUCUGCGUUGAGACAACUUGGGGAGAAGUUGACACCAGCAGAACUUCAUUUCAUCUCCGAUCAAACAGACAACCAAACCUCUUUGGGUAAGAACUUCAGGUUUGAACAAGUCACAGAGGAUGCAAGUGUUGGAGAGAGGGCUGUGAUGGACUUAGCAACCAGUGACGUCCUAGCAGCACAGAAGAAUUCCUAAUAAUAUUUCCUCCUGUGUGCCGUGACUACCAGCUGCUUGCAUCAAAUGUUCCGAAUUUUAUAAUACAAGUAUUUAUAAAAUUUUAUUAGUGUAUUUAUAACGUCAUCUAGCAUUAAUAUUAAAAUGUUUGAAACUG